AUGGGUACGCCUUCGAUCCCCUUUGCUCUUCAUCUCUAUCAUGUUUCUGUGAUCUCGAUUUUGACUCCUAGUUUCCUCUUUUGUUUUCGUUUGGUGGUUUUUGUUGCAACUAAGAUCAAGAUCGGCAUCAACGGUUUCGGAAGAAUUGGGAGGUUGGUCGCUAGAGUCGCGCUUCAGAGCGAUGAUGUGGAGCUCAUCGCCGUCAAUGAUCCGUUCAUCACAACCGACUACAUGACAUACAUGUUUAAAUAUGAUACCGUGCAUGGACAAUGGAAGCAUCAUGAGAUAAAAGUGAAGGAUUCCAAGACCCUUCUUUUUGGAGAGAACGAAGUUACUGUCUUUGGCAUUAGAAACCCUGAGGAGAUUCCUUGGGCCGAGACUGGAGCUGAGUUCGUUGUGGAGUCGACUGGUGUCUUCACCGACAAGGACAAGGCUACUGCUCACUUAAAGGUAUGUGUUGAUAAAUCUGAUUUUGUGAAGCAGUUUGAAGCACAAGUUCAUAUGUUGGUGCUAGCAUAUGAAGGUGUUGUUGAUUUUGUCUUUUCAAAGCUGGAUGAUUUUGAUAAAAUUCAAGCCUAUGUUAUAUUGGAAGAUUGUUUAGACAUUAUUGCUGUUGAUGACAUGCAUAAAUGA